AUGGAAAAUGACAUGUACAAAAUAACAUCAACCACCGGUAUUGGUAUUGGCUAUCUAAAAUGCAUCUUCGAGACACCGAAAAACAGUCAACCCAAAAUGGAAUAUCGAAACAGAAAGAUCGAGAGAAAUCCACUUGCAUCUUUGAUUGCUAUAUCUAUCUUCUGCCUCAUCAUAAUCACCACAUUCCUCUAUCAACUACAAAACUAUCUCCUUAACCCCCAGCCCUUCCAACCAAAAACCACUCACCCCAACACCCAAGACUCCAGCCCCAACAAGCUCAUAAACCCAAACCCUCUCGCUCCCCAUGAAUAUCUUGAGCCCCCUCAAGCAACUCAACAAGAAGUAAUCAAUUACUUCAAUCGCCGUUUCCAAGGAAUCCCAGAUCUACAGCAUCUAAGAAGACAAGUUCGAGAGAACAUGGAUGCGAUAUUCGCGGGUGCGAUGGUGCCCUGGCCGGAAAUUAUGCAGAAGGGGUUUGGAUAUACGACAAUGGCGGAGAUUGAUCGAGAGUUGGGAUUGCAGAGACGAGGGAGAGGUGCGGCGCAAGAUGGGAAUGCGAAUGGAGCGUUUCCUCGUGAUGGAGGUGAUACUCCGGGGUGGAUGUUAGCGCUUUUCGAACGUGGAUAUGGAUAUGGAAAUGGAAAUGCAGAUGUAGACGCAUCUACAUCCAAAAAGAAAGAAGAGGAAAAAUCCACAUGUCCGAUUUGUAUGGAUGAACUCCCUACGAGAGCCGCGAUUGCGAAACCGUGUAAACAUCGAUUUUGCACGACGUGUUUAGAGGAUUGGAUGGUGCAUUUGAGGGGGAUGGAGAGGGGAAAGGGAAAGGGGAAGGGGAAGGGAGAGGGACAGAAAAUUAGAUGUCCGGUUUGUGGAGUGCAGAUUAAGAGGGUGGUGAGAGGGGGUGGGUUGAUGGAUAGGGUUGAUCGGGCUUUGAAGAGAAGAGGGUCGGUUGAGGGGGGUUUGAGGGGGAGUGAGAGAUAG